GUCAAUCAAAAUUACAGUGGUUACAAACUAAAAGCCCAAAUGCUGAAAACUCGGCAAAAGUACGCUGAGCUUCGACGGAAAUGGAAAACAAGAGCAUCGACAAUUUUCUGGAAAGCGUUCGAUUGACAUUUAAAGCUUAGUUUCGGACGUGAUCCCAGGAACGACCAUGUAAACAAAGCAAUGAAAGCCCCAUGAGUGCCCUCGCUUAUCAGGCUCUCCUGACGGGAUAUCUCCUCCUCUUCCUUAUCUUCUGCGUCUGUGUGGUCAUUCUACUCAUUUAUCUACUCGUCAUCUACUUUAGAAAUACAUGAAGUGUCCUCUGUGAUUUGUGUAUUGUGUCUCUCUUAGGUUUUAAAGAAAUUAAUCCAGAAUAUUUUCUCUUAUUCCUCAUUUUUCUUUUCUCAAUGAUCCGAAUUCGCUUUUAUGCGCUUGCUAUGUGCUUAAAAAAUUAAUCUGGGGUACCGUCCCCUCAUCACGUUGAUAAUUUUUCCCGCGCGAAUUUCCCAUUUAUCUCCUGUCAAAAUUUAUCUUGUGUGAAUUUGUCCUUGUUUGUGAAAUCCAUCUUCUCACUCUUUACAAUAAAAAGGGAGAAAAAAACUUAACACAUUUUCCCACUGACUGUGUCUUUAUGGGGAUUAUCUCUCCCUCUUUGCUGACAAACUGUCUGGCAAAAUUGUCAUUCUCGUGAGAUUUUGAGGGCUGACCAAUGGAAAUGGAGGAGGAAGAUGAGCAGCUCUUCCUUUUCCAAGUGACCGCGGAGAAUAUCGUGAUAACAGACAGAUCGUGUCUGUCCGAGGCGGGCGGAACCGGCCUGGUCUACGUGAAGGUUUUGUACCCAGGCUUGAACUGGAUCGAGUUGGACCAGGUGGACUUUUGCUCGUUGCAGGAGAAGCCUCAGCCAAAGGAGAAAGAUUCAUCAGCCUCGAUGAAUAAAGUCCAGUCGAGCCAGAUAUUCUUCUCCAAGGAAAACAUCGUCUGCAACGAAGGGAAAUCAUUCCUGAUCUCGAUGCGGCCCAAAGCACUGCUGUCCCACCUAACAACGAGCGACCUGGAGAUCACCCUGUAUCAAGCCGUUCUCAUCGACGAGCCAUGGGUGAUCGCCUCACACGAGACGAAGAUGAGCGCGGAGAUGUCGCGGUUGGUGGAAGAGGCCCUGCGACACCCGGACCUGCGGGAGGGCCCGGCGGCGAUGGACAAGCAGUUUCCGCUCAACAGCGCCUUCGGCCAGGUCUGCGGCUUCCUGCAGUGCACGCUCUGCCUCUCCUGCGCCGGCCCCACCGCCGAGUUCGCCCUCCGCAACGCCUGCUACGUCCGAGACACCGAGGACGAGGAGGGCGUCCACCUCGAGGAUGAGAUCGUCGAUGUCGAGAGGGCUAGUGUCGAUACCGUCGCGGGCGUUGAUGUCCGAGCACCCUUGCCCAGUCAGCAUAGUAAGGUGGCGCGGCUCCUAAAGGCAGACGAUCCUUUCACCUACUUCAAAGGCGUCGAGGUGGACGAACUGGUCAAAAGCGACGAGUACCUACUCGGCGGGCGCACCCCCUCCAACGCCCGGCAGAUCCCCGACAACAACUCCAUCGCCCUCCUCCCCGAGCCGCGAGCCGUCAUCUCCGAGACGACAUGCGACACCUGCCGCGGGGGCGUUUUCAGCUCCAUCGAUGACGUCACUCUCGAUGACGUCAGCGACGAUCGGCGGAAACUGUCUAUCCUACAACUUUCGGAUAUCCUGAACGAGAUGCUUCGCAAGAGCGACAAGAGCCCGUCGAAACCGCACCGGGAGCUCAGUUCCUCCACGAUAUCGGACAUCACAGUUUCCACGCGGAAGACCAAAAGUCAGAAACUGAGGACAAAAAGUGAAGAAAAAUCUGGGGAAGGCUUCAAGCGAACAAAUUUUGAAAGGCAUUCGCUGGUGAACUUCAACCUGCACGGACCCAUAAAACUUUUGGGACCGUCUGAAGAACCAAAACCUGUGCAUUCCUCGCACGAUACAUUGACCUCGUUGAUGACCUUAGAGGGUGAGUUAUGUAGCAUGGACAGCAAAGAGGACUUCUCCCUAAGCAUCGUUAAACACGCCAGCGUUUACCACGUGUCCAUCAAGAACUCAGCCAAUCAACUGGAUAACGUCCUCAAAUUCAAGAUUUACGGCAACGACGUGACCCGGAAACGACCCCGAGAAAAUAAUUCUGUCGGUGUCACGGUCAUCCCGACUCGAAGAGAGAGCUGACAAUGGCUCCUAUCCUCGAAAACUAGAAAUAUUGAAAGAUUUUGCCGUCUAAAGAUAUCAAACAUU